AUGCGAGUCGGGCUCCCCUCCGAGGCGUCGUCUUGCCGGUGGUCAGCGCGGGGGCCGCAGGACCUGCCGGAGCGCAGGCGGAGCGGACCGGCGCACGUGCUGUCUGACAACAUCUACCCGGUGGAGGACCUCGCCGCGACGUCGGUGACCAUCUUCCCCAAUGCCGAACUGGGAGGCCCCUUUGACCAGAUGAACGGAGUGGCCGGAGAUGGCAUGAUCAACAUUGACAUGACUGGAGAGAAGAGGUCCUUGGAUCUCCCAUAUCCCAGCAGCUUUGCUCCCGUCUCUGCACCCCGAAACCAGACCUUCACUUACAUGGGCAAGUUCUCCAUCGACCCCCAGUACCCUGGUGCUAGCUGCUACCCAGAAGGCAUCAUCAACAUUGUGAGUGCAGGCAUCCUGCAAGGGGUCACCUCCCCAGCUUCCACCACAGCCUCAUCCAGCGUCACCUCUGCCUCCCCCAACCCACUGGCCACUGGACCCUUGGGUGUGUGCACUAUGUCCCAGACCCAGCCUGACUUGGACCACCUCUACUCCCCACCGCCGCCUCCUCCUUAUUCUGGCUGUGCAGGAGACCUCUACCAGGACCCCUCAGCGUUCCUGUCGGCAGCCACAACCUCCACCUCCUCCUCUCUGGCCUACCCACCACCUCCUUCCUACCCGUCCCCCAAGCCAGCCACGGACCCAGGUCUCUUCCCCAUGAUCCCAGACUAUCCUGGAUUUUUCCCAUCACAGUGCCAGAGAGACCUACAUGGUGCAGCUGGCCCAGACCGCAAGCCCUUUCCCUGCCCCCUGGACUCCCUGCGAGUUCCCCCUCCACUCACUCCACUUUCCACCAUCCGCAACUUUACCCUGGGAGGGCCCAGUGCUGGUGCCGCAGGGCCAGGGGCCAGUGGAGGCAGCGAGGGACCCCGGCUACCUGGCAGCAGCUCCGCAGCUGCCGCUGCCGCUGCCUAUAACCCACACCAUCUGCCGCUGCGGCCCAUUUUGAGGCCUCGAAAGUACCCCAACAGGCCUAGCAAGACCCCAGUGCAUGAGAGGCCCUACCCGUGCCCAGCAGAAGGCUGUGACCGGCGCUUCUCCCGCUCUGACGAGCUAACACGGCACAUCCGAAUCCACACGGGGCACAAGCCCUUCCAGUGUCGGAUCUGCAUGCGCAACUUCAGCCGCAGUGAUCACCUCACUACCCACAUCCGCACCCACACUGGCGAGAAGCCCUUUGCCUGUGAUUACUGUGGCCGCAAGUUUGCCCGGAGUGAUGAGAGGAAGCGCCACACCAAGAUCCACCUGAGGCAGAAGGAACGCAAGAGCAGUGCCCCCUCCUCGUCGGUGCCGGCCGCCUCCACCACCUCCUGCACUGGGGGCACACAGGCUGGGGGGACCCUGUGCGGCAGCAACAGCAGCACUGUUGGUGGAGGGUCCCUCGGCCCUUGCUCAUCUCGGAACCGGACACCUUGAAAUGAGACUCAGGUUGACACGUCAGCUCCUUGAGGCCCUUCAUCCACUGGAGCUGCACAACAAACACUACCACCCAUCCCUGCCCUUUCUUCAUUUCGUUGGGCAAA